AUGGCGAAGAAAUCCCGCGCUGAGGCCAAACGUUCGGCGAAAAUGGGGAUCGUACGAGAGGAGGUGGACAAAAUAAACGCGCGGACGGGCGACGGCGCGAAGAGCGCGCGAGCGCUCUCGACGAGAACAAACGAGCCCGGUAUGCGAGGCGAUGACGACGUUCGCUCGUCAAACGACCGCGCGUCUAUCCACGGCUCCAUCGAAUCCUUCGCAACGGCUUCGGUCGAUCCUUGGGGUGGGUCGUUCGUUCACGCCGCCGAGCAGCUGCCGAGCCGCCAGGUGGCACCAACCGCAACGACAGCGAUGCGAGAGUCGGUGUCGAAGAAGCGCUCUCACGACAAGGCGCCGCUAAGCCCGAGCCGAUACGAGAACGUACCAAACGAAAUUGGAGCAACGAUGACGAAACGCACGAAGGAGUCGGCGAAGGCAUCGUCCAAGCGCGGUGGCGACUUUGGUAGUCCGGUUGCCACAAUGCCCAGACCGCUUCGAGCAGACACCGAGGAGGGUAAAAUUUUCGCUCUCGAGCGCAAGGGACCAGAGCUCCCACCAGCGGCGGAGUGUUACCUCGGUCCUUGGCUAGGUGAGGAGCGGGCCCGUCUUCUCGCUUACGAGGCGUGCAUGCAGACGUGCCUUGAACGAUCGCUCGACCCGCCGUCAUUCGAUGGACAGAAGAAGUUUGAUUUGCAAACAGCCUUGUACUUUGUCAACGACAGAUGUGCUGAGCUUCGACGGGCUUUCGGGUUAGAUGGAGUUUUGGUUGGCAUCGGCUCGGACAUGCCACGCACUCCCGAACCGAAAGUUCGAGUGACGCCGGAAAAGGGAUUCGUGGCGCCCAACGCGCUCCGCGGUCACGCGGCGCUAGCUGGUGCAGGAGGGGGACGCUGGAUAGCGAUCACGGUCGCUGCUACUGAGGUCGAGAUCAUCGAUAGAGGACUCAAAAAGCUCACUCAUGGUUGGGAUCCGCGUCAGCACGGUUGGCAACGGCCCACUGAGGCCCGUGGGCAGCGCAUGACAAUUCGCACGGAAGGCGGCGAGGGGAGUAGCGACGCGUGCGUCGAACUCUCCGUGAAACAGGCGCCACUGCGUCUGGCAUUGGGCCGAGAUGAUACCGAUUUCAUCGUCGAGAUUCCACUCGAAAAGAAGGUUGCCACCGCGAAGAUUGGCCUAGACGAGUUGUGUAGAAAGUCAGAGGUUGGAAUCGUCGAGCUUCCACUGACAGUCACCGUGCAAGUACCGGCAACUGAACAAGCGGCGGCUUACGAGGACACGUAUGAGAAGGGUAAAGUGAAACUGAGCGUCGUGUUCGAGACGGCGGUCGGUGCAGGUUUGAUUUUAGCGCCUCCGGGUGCGGGAACGGCGCCCGACCGCUCUACGCAAGGUUGGGCAGAAGCGAGCAGAGCACUCACGCCUCAGGCCGCGUACGAUUUCGCCCUCGCGGCGGCCCUUCGCGCGCUCGGGUUCACUCGGCGUCGACUUCGCGUUCACGGUGGGUGGGAAGUACUCCUUGCAGAACUCGCUCGAAGUCACGCUGUGACCGAGACGUACUCCUCGUUGCGUUACAUUCAGCACCUAUUAGCCGUGGCGACACCUACGGCGGAUUGCUUGGCUCUCAUUCGACAGCACUUGCACUUGGCUCUGAGAAAACAAGCCGAGGGCUCGCUCGGCGCAACCGAAGGUCAAAUGCUCAACGGUAUUCGAUCAGCUGUGAUGACACUCGUAUGUAUUUGCUUCGAAAACUACAAGUCGCUGGACGAGUGCGAUUUUGACGGCAUCAGGCAGAGUGGUUCGCCCGUCGUUCCUGCGCCGGCGCUCUACGUGUCUCUGGACUUGUUCAAGGCGCUGCAACGAGACCCAAGCUCAAACGCAUCCCUUGAGAUCAUCGUUGAAAAGGUGACGAGCGCCGCUCGUCAGUGCUUCAAGAGAAACAAGGCGAUCGAAGUCAACGAGAAGCGCAAGUUGGUGGUGAACAACAAGGAUCUCGUCAUGCAGUUGUACGUAGCCAUCGGCGACCUUUGCGUAAGACUGAAGAAUGAGCUCGAGAUCGACCGAAUGAUUCAGAACGCCUCGUCGUUUCCCGGAGCGUUUUCGUUACCCGCUGUCACGGCUGAUAUAUAUUGCACAGACGUGGCGGCCACUUUCAAGGAUGCGUUGGAGGCGGCGGCGCCGCCCGGACCGCCUUGCAAAGACGUCUUGGAUUGCAUUGAACGAUCGUGUCAUUUGCAAGCGAGCGCGUCUCUAGAAGAGAAAGAGGGACAAAGACUCAUAGCUCUCAAACUCGAUACUCGCUCGAUUUGGCAAUCCCACAUCGACGGCUGGAUUGUUCACGCGAAGAAGCGGCUCGAGAUGCGCUGCAAAGCGGUGCUGAGUUCGAAGGGCGUCAUUGGUCCAGCCAUUGAUGAGUGCUACAUCGCGAUGAAUGAAGCGUUGAACGGAUUCGAACGAAUCGUCACGCGAUGGCCCGAUCAAGCGCUCGCGCUCGAGCAAGUUCUUGCCGGUGCUGAACGAUUGCUGAUGAAACACAUCGCGGAGACGGUUGAACACUUGGCAAUUCCAAAUGAGGAUGGUGACAACACAAAGUCGCCGCACGCGCGAAAGGGCAACUGGAUUACCAAUAUCGGUCGCAUGAAAGAGGGCGUCGCCUCCGUGGCGAAGCGAACGCAACAGAUGUCUCAGCAAGUUUCAAAGCGCCUAACGUCUCGAGACUCAUCGCACAACGGUAUUCCGCCGCCGCUCGCUGCGGCGCUGAACGCUCUCAAGUCAAUGGAAAUUCGUCGCGCGGAGGAAGACAGGGUCGGUCAGCGUUUGACGAGCUGGGCGGUUGCCGGCGGGAGUGUCGGUGCCGAUGAACUCGGCCGAGUAUUGACCGAGACGCUCGGAGAAUUGCGAGCGCAUUACAACGGAUACUUGCGACGCGCGGUGCGCGGCGUCUACGAAUGCGGCCCAUCGUUGAGGGAUAGACUCGUCAAGGCGAAACCGAAGAAGGAUAUCGACGUCGACUCCGUCGUUGCGCCCAUCCUUACCUACAUCGAUGGCAUCAGAAUAUCGCUUGACAGGAAACUUCCGCAGCGUCGCGCUCUCGUUGGCGUUCUCAGAGGGUUAUGGGACACCAUCGGCGCGGAGUGUUUGGCGUUUUACGAAGAAGACUUGCGAACCAACUCCACGUGGCACAAGCGCGUCCUGGCGAGCGCCGCGGUGGAACUGGUCAGCGAAAAGAUCGAAUCAAUCAUUCGCGAGUUUUUGGUGCACGACGCGCACGACAAGGACGUCGAGCCACCGCAAUCGGUCGCCAAGCUCGGCGCAUACAACUCUGGCAACGUUCGAGAAUCCUUUGGGAUUUAUUAA